CCUUUAUCCCUCCCCUCGUUCCGUUUAGCGUCUCCGUGCGCGGAACCGCUGUCGGCCCCCUCCUCGGUGCUCGCUCCCGGCUGUGGGGGUGAAGGCGAGAUUGAAUGAGACGGAGGAAAGGAGCGACGACGCAGCGGUGCGGUGGCCUCUUCCUCCUGUGAGCCCUAGCUGUGACCGACGCAGUGUCCGGUGGAGGCCCCGGCGGCUGGGAGAGGAGGGUGUGACGGCGUGUAUGUGAUAGUCGGAAGGGGACGUACGGAGCGUGUCGUAUUGUGUGUGACCCGGGGCUGCCGGACAUGGAGGACAAGACGUUCACCAAGGAGCUGGACCAGUGGAUCGAACAACUCAACGACUGCAAGCAGCUGAACGAGAGCCAAGUGCGCACCCUGUGCGAGAAGGCAAAAGAAAUCCUUACUAAAGAGUCAAAUGUCCAGGAUGUACGCUGCCCUGUCACCGUAUGUGGAGAUGUCCAUGGGCAAUUUCAUGACCUCAUGGAGCUCUUCAGAAUUGGAGGAAAAUCCCCAGACACUAACUACCUGUUUAUGGGAGACUAUGUGGAUAGAGGCUAUUACUCUGUGGAGACGGUGACUCUUCUUGUAGCAUUAAAGGUCCGUUACCCAGAACGCAUCACAAUACUGAGAGGAAACCAUGAAUCUCGACAAAUAACUCAAGUCUAUGGCUUCUAUGACGAGUGUCUACGGAAGUAUGGGAAUGCGAAUGUAUGGAAGUAUUUCACAGAUCUCUUUGACUACUUACCAUUAACUGCUCUAGUUGAUGGCCAGAUAUUCUGUCUUCAUGGAGGUCUUUCUCCAUCUAUCGAUACUCUGGAUCAUAUUCGUGCUUUGGAUCGCUUACAAGAAGUUCCACAUGAGGGGCCAAUGUGUGACCUUUUGUGGUCUGAUCCAGAUGAUCGUGGUGGUUGGGGCAUUUCACCCCGAGGUGCUGGUUACACUUUUGGGCAGGAUAUUUCUGAAACAUUCAACCAUGCCAAUGGACUCACUUUGGUGUCACGUGCUCAUCAGCUUGUGAUGGAGGGCUACAACUGGUGCCACGACAGGAAUGUGGUAACCAUUUUCAGUGCACCCAAUUAUUGUUAUCGUUGUGGAAAUCAGGCAGCUAUUAUGGAACUGGAUGACACCCUUAAAUACUCCUUUCUUCAAUUUGAUCCUGCUCCUCGGCGUGGAGAGCCGCAUGUUACUCGACGCACUCCUGACUAUUUCCUAUAAGCAAUCUCUACACAUUGCCUUCAUCUGUGCGAUUAUACUUGGCAUUUAAAUUACAUACAUGUGUCUGUAUAUAGACAUGCAAACAAAUAAAACCAAAAUAAUUUUAAACACCCAAAAUCAGCUUUUAGAUCACUCUGUCCUUACUGUCCCCGAAGUACACUUUAAAUUCCCAACGACACCAUCAUGGACCAAAAUGUGCCAAACUGUUGAUAAAGCAUUUAGCACAAUUUGAGACUGCGGAUUUCAAUACAAAAUGCAUAGCCAGUCCAUUAGUCAGUUUGCCUGCCGUAUUUGUAAAAGUUUUAUGUUUCCUACUGAACUGUGUAAACAGUUGGUACAAGGGAAGUUGCAAGGCCUUUAUCCCCCUUUGCACCUAAUUUGUAAAUUUUAGUUGUAGUGAUCAGCUGGCAUGACAUAUACCAUUUGGAGUUAUUUUUAAGAAAAUGCACAAGCUAACCAUCCACUCUUUAUUUUUAUUUCUUUUAUUUAAAAAAAAGAUAUUGGACAGAUUGACCUGAGUGUUUGCCAUAACAUUGUGCGUUUUUCUGUAUAUUUGUCAAGAAAGUGCUUGCCGCUACUUUGGUGUAUUUGAACAAAUAAACUUUCAAUUGUAGACCUCCA